AUGGAACAGCUAUGUAGCAAUGCAGAUGAUACAGGAGAUCUGGCUAAAUGUCAGCACAACUGGAAUGGAUGGCAAGAGGUUUGCGCUUGCGAAGAAGAUUUUUGCAAUACAUUUGCAUAUUUACGUGGUUCCAUUGAGGAAGAAAACAAUGAUAAUUUGGCUGAUUCACAACCGCCAAAUUUGAUUGAGGAACAAGCAUCAGUAGGUUCAGUUGGAAAGCGUCGUGGUAGUAAUUUAAUUAUCCUGCUGGUGAUUAUCCCGCUGUCAGUUGGCGCUCUGGCUGUGUGCCUUAUUUUUAUCAAUUAUCACUGCAAGAUGUGUUGA